CUGUAUUUGUAAAAGCAGAUUAAGGUCAUCUUUACUGAUUGUUUGAGCUUUGACUUGAAUCUCCAUUUCUUUAGGCCCAGGAGCGCUUCCAGAGCUACCCCCCCUGGGCUCUGGUCAUGUGCUUUGCUCUGAUCGUUCUGGCCAUGCUUCCUCUUCCCGUCAUCUUCAUCGCCCGCCACUUUAACCUGAUGACCGACGGCUCCAACAAGCUGUCCGUCACGUACCGCAAAUCCAUGAUGAAGGACAUUUCCAACCUCGAGGAGCAGGACGAGGCCAGGUUCAUCCUCGGUGCCAAGGCCGGCGAGGCCCCGUUGUCAGGUCCAGGACGCAGACCCUACGUUACUCCAAGGGGGAACACGUCUUUGGACCCUAAUUCUCUUUCUCCAAACGUCUGCUACGGUACGAGCUACCAAAAUGCUGCGAUAAGCCCCACCACACCAACGACGCCACCGACACCUGUUACACCUGUUACACCAGAGUCGGACUCCUGAAGACCCCUCUUGCACGCACUUCCCACCAAGGAUUCCCAUCACUGCCCCCGCUGACAUCACAUGAAGCCAUAAAGUUUAUAUACAAGCACAUGCUUCUUAAAGCAUCACCUAUGGAACAGCCUGAAUGUAGAAAUGUCUCCAUGUCGCUCAUCAUCUGGACAAGAACUUGGCUUAGAGGUAAAAUGCCAAAAUGAUAACAUCUGAAUAUGUUUGGAGGGGAUUUCUUUGAUCUGCUCCCCUUUUCUUCAGUUUAAGGAUCUUAAGCAGACAAAAACCCAUAAAAGAUGAUUGAUUUUCACUCAGACAACUGAGGCAAACGAAUGUUUGGUUAUUUAAACCCAUAAAACCAAACGUCCGUAACAAUCCUGACUGUCAAAGCCAUAAACAGCACAACGUAAUCCAAGUUAUUUUCUGUCAGAUAAUAUGCAGUGGGUCUGAACUGAACACAGACAUGCACACACUUUAGUCUAGAAUCUCCUUUUACAUGAGUCCAUGUCACAAAAUGUUACAAAAAGCUGCUCUGAAGACACUUAUUUAUGUUUUAUUUUCACCCAAAGUCAAACCUCCUGCAGGAGUUUAUGUACCAGUCCUUGUUAUUUUUGUAAAUAAUAGUGUAAAGUCUAGUAGUAAGAGCUAAGAUAACGUAAUUUCUCCUAUGUGGAGAUCAAAGCAGCAAAGUCCUCAUCCAUGACGUCCAUGACACAUACUGUUACGAGUUCUAUAAAGAAAACAAUGUUCUUUUGUUUUUUUAACAAAGAGUAAAAAAGUACAUAAAACAUUUUAAAUUUAGCACAAAAAAUAAUAAUUUUGAAGCAAUAGGUUGAGUUUUAUGAAGUGGGAUUCUGUGGAAAGAGUAUAAACAGUUAACAUCGUACCUGUUUUAGAUCUUCUUUGCUUAAUUUCAAAAUCAAUAACUCAUUAACAAACGUUGAUUUAUGAACCUUCAUGUAGCUGUAGAUUUUACCUAAAUGACUAUUUACAUGAAAAUGUGAAUAUUUGCAAACUAGUAGCAGAUCGCUGUAGUUAAUUCAUGCAAGAAAAUAUUUCUGCAUGAGUAAUGUAGUUAUGUAAAAUUAAUGGUGCAAAUGUUUACAAAAAAGAGUUUGGAUAAAAUGCUAAGAAAUUAUUUAGACUGGGGUUGUUUUGGGGCAAUAUAUUUCCACUUUGAUCAUGCUAGUCAUUAGCUCAUCAUUUCUCUAAACUGAGGGCGUUCAAGAAGCAAUCUACAACAGGUAAGAUAUUCAUUGUUUAUUAUCUGUCCACAAAA